GAGACACGACAGGGACAGUUCACCUCAGGUUCUGGACAGACACGUGUCCUCCUGCCUGUACUGCUAUCAACCCAUCUAGAUUGUGUCGAUGUGAGUUGUUAUGUUUUGGAGAGCUCGGCCGUGGAGAUGGCGCUACACGGCGCUAGAUGGCGCUUUGCUAGUGGAGCCCAAUGUCCCAGAGAAAUAUGAAGAACUGUGUCUCUUCCCACAGACCAUAGUCUCAUAACCUGGUCAUAACCUGAUCAGACGGGAUAACCCAGACACCUUGUGAGCAGUUUAAUGUAGGAAAUAAUACGUGUUAACGGUAUUAGUGCGCAGAGACCUGUGUGGACGGACGAAAGGCUCGUGCUGUGACGACGGCAGCUUUAAAGAUGAGUUCCAGAAUGUCCGCUGGUCUGGAGAAACAGAAGCGGGAGGAGGAUGAAGAGGAGGAGGAGGAGGAGGAAGAAGAAGAAGGAGAGAGUGUCAAUCCCACAGAGGUGAAGAUGAGUCAGAUAGUGAUGCCCUGCCACAGCAACCAUAGAGAGGAGCUGAGCGUGGGACAGCUGCUCAAAUGGAUAGACUCUACUGCCUGCCUCUCUGCUGAGAGACAUGCUGGGUGUCCCUGUGUCACUGCUUCCAUGGACGACAUCCACUUUGAACACACCAUCAGCGUGGGUCAGGUGGUGAACAUCAGGGCAAAGGUCAACAGAGCCUUCAACACCAGCAUGGAGGUGGGCAUACAGGUAAGCUGUGAGGACCUGUUCUCUGACCGCCACUGGAGGGUUUGUCACGCCUACGCCACCUUUGUUACCCAACGCUCAAACACAGGAGAAAAGGUGAUCUUGAAGGCCAUUGUCCCUCAGACUCAGAAGGAGCAGGUUGAAUACAGCUUAGCAGCUGAGAGACGUCGAGUCAGGAUGCUACACGAUGACAUCAUCAAAGAUCUGCUCUCCAGGGGGUCCAUUCAGCAAGCCGACAGUUCUGCAGUUAAUGAUGCAAUGCCAGCAGAGAGGACCAGGGUGGAGAGUGUUGAGCUGGUUCUACCUCCACACACUAACCAUCAGGUGAAUACAUUCGGAGGACAGAUCAUGGCCUGGAUGGUGAAUGUAGCUAUAAUUGCUGCCAGUCGUCUGUGUCAGGCUCACCCGACUCUGCGGACCAUUGACAUGUUCACCUUCAGAGGACCUUCUCAGAUUGGAGACAGGCUGCUGCUCAAGGCUAUAGUCAACAACGCCUUCAAGAACAGCAUUGAGGUGGGGGUGCGUGCAGAGGCCUACCAGGAGGAGGGGCCUAACCGACACAUUAACUCUGCCUUCAUGAUCUUUGAGGUGCUUGACAACCAUGGGAAGCUAUGUACAUUACCACGGAUACGACCAGAACCCCUGGAAGGAGAGAGGCGCUUUCAAGAAGCCAUAGCCAGGAAGAAGAUCCGAUUGGACAGAAAAUACAUUAUUUCCUGCAAGCAGGCCGAGGUCCCUCUGUCCGUCCCCUGGGACCCCAGAAACCAGGUGUAUCUGAGCUAUAACAAUGUCUCAGCUCUGAAGAUGUUGGCUGCUCGGAAAAAGUGGCGCCUCAGCUCUGAGAAAGACAAGGUUCAUCUUUACACCCUGGAGCAGAAGUCAGUGUUGAGUUUCAGGGUAGAAGCAGAAGUGGAUGUUCCUGCUCACAGAGCCUUUUGUCUGCUGGCCGAGCUGAGCAACAGACCAAGCUGGGACACACACUAUCAGAAAUGUGAGCUGAUUCAUCGCGUGGACGCUGAUGACUUCCUGUAUCGUGUAGUGACUCCAUCAGUGCGUCACGGUGGAGUAGGUUCCCCAACCUCAGCCAAGGAGGGAGAAGGGAUUCUCCAGGACUUCAUCUUGUUGGCUUCCAUGAGGAGACCAUGUGGCAGCGGAGACCCGUAUGUGAUUGCUCUGCGGUCAGUGUCCCUGCCCACUCACCCUCCCACUGAGGAAUACAACAGAGGAGAGGUUCUGUGUGCUGGAUUUACCAUACUGGAGACCAAGAACAACAUGUCACUGAUCAGUUACUAUAACCAGGCAUCUCCAGAGGUUCUCCCCUACAUCUCCAACGAUAUCGCUGGCCUCUCCUCUUCCUUCUACCACACCUUCUGCUCCUGCAGCCAAUACCUGACCAGGAACAGACUGCAAUCCGCCUCCGACGAGCAAACCUGCCAAUACCAGGCAACAUAUACAGAGGGUCCAAUGUGUGCCAAUGAAGCUGACAGACUGUUUGUGGCCCUCUGCAGCACCCAGCUGUAGACAGUCUGUGUGCCAUUCAGGCCAGUUUACAUCACUGAGUAUACAGUCAGGUCCAGCUGCUCUUUAUAUAGCAAGUUACAGUUAAUACUGUCAGAGCAGUUCACAUUGAACAAGAUGAUAUUUGGAUUGAAACAAUGAAAGAAAAUCCAAUCUAAUAAACGAGUCAAUGUUUUCAAGUGAGAACAAAAACUGUGUGCCUUAUGUCAAAAUAAAGGCUCAUUCAAUUGUAAUAAUCAUGUUUGGACACAAGUAGAGCAUCCAAAUUUGUGUCACCAAUGGUCAGUUAAUGAGAUUUUUGUAUGUUUGCACAUCUGAGAUAGAUGUUAAUGUAAUUGUGAAUGUAUUCAGGUGUGGGCUGUACAGGAAAGGUGUUGAGAGAAUUGUCUGGCUGCAGUCACCAUGAGGUACUAAAGAUAAAGAGCAUUGAGACUUUGUCCAUUUUUCAUAGGACUUUAUUAAAUUUUUAUACAAGAAUAA